ACUUCAUCCAACAACUUCCUCAGCUCCUCCACGCCCACAUGCCUUUGAUAGAAGAACUACCAGUCACCAGCACUGCCCGUGCCUCACAUGGCUGGACCUAUGUCCCCGACAAUGCAGCGCCCACCCCCACCGUCCAGCUGGGCUCCCGCAAACGCGGCCGCGACAGAGCGAUAACACAUGCAGCUGCACAUAAACUCUCGGCGAAGCAAGAAAAGGCCAUCCAACAGCGGCUGAAUGACUUGAACAAGGAAAACUACCGCGAAGUCAAUAUCCCGAUACCGAAACGAGAGGGCGCGAAGGGGAAAGAGAGGAAGACCACACAAAAUGUGAGGCGGAUUCUCGCCUACAACAGGACAUUCCAGCAUUAUCUUGCGGACGAGGAGGCAGGGGUGAACGUCUAUGGAAGUGCUGCCAAUGUACUUCCUGCCACAAGUGCGAAAGGACAAUCGAGACAGGAGCAGACGCAGAAGACAGCGACGGAUUCUAAGAGGCGCAACGACGCUUCUUCAACGACUGCCCAGAAAGGAGCUUCGCGCCGUCGAAGCUCGUUGAAACAUGCUAAGACCAUGCCUGCGAAGUCCACAGGAGGGGAGCGCGCCAACAAUGUUGACGUGGAGAUGCCUGAUGCUCCUCCAUCUACGAAACCCUCGGACCCGGCAUCGCCAACAAUGGCUGCUAAAUCGCCUUCUUCAUCCCGAGAUAGACAACAACCUUCCUCGCCGCCAUCAGCUACUCAGCCGCGUCCUCCAUCCUAUGACCCAGCUCUCGACCGCGAUCCGCUGCUUCGUACAUUGGAUAUUCCCAAAAUGCCAUCAGAACGCGUCAUGCAGGCCCUCCUGUCCGAGCCACCGCUAAGUUACGUUGCCGCACGGGCAAAACCACUAGAUGACAACAUCGAGGCCGAUGGCGGGUUCGCCAUGCGCACGGGUAACAACUCACUUAUGGCCAAACCACAGCGCUGGUUUUGCUCAGUAUGUGGCUACUGGGGCAAAGUGAGGUGUAAGUAUGGAUGUGGAGAGCGGGUGUGUGGGCUCUUAGAUUGUUGGAAGGGCCACGAAGCGGUUUGUACGCUGGCGGCAACAGGCUACUGAGUUGACGGGUCCUACCAGCGAGCCUCUCAUCAAUUGAGGUAGGUGUCAGACAGCACCGCCAUCUCCACGCGGGGUACUUGUUCCUCGAAGAGUUUGCUCCCCAGCAUUCACCCCCUUUCCGCCCUUGCUCACCAUAGGUGGUCAAGAUGCGGCAGCUGCAUCUGCAUCACUGUCGGCCACUCCAUCUGGACAAGGGUAUCCAGACUUCCUUGCGCAUGCAACUUCAACCCCACACAGGAGCUUUUCUAUCACAGAAUUUGACUCUGCGUUAUCUUCUCUCCAUAUGCUAGGUUGUCGGUAUGCUCGUGGGCGCUGUUGACCACUCCUCCAAGACAAGUUCCAGAACAUACGAAUCUCAACGACGAUGCUCUCUCUAGCGAGAUCUCAAGCCGGUUGCAACAAACACAUUCGCGGGACAAAAAGCCCCAUGCCGGCCAAAGAGCAAAUGAGCGUUUCGUGUCUGUUUGGAUUGAUCCAAUCUUGAAAGCCUGAGCGAGUGCGGCGAGGCUGACGAAGCUCGAGUCGACGUCGUGCUCGGCUCGAAGGAAGGCCCAAUUGCCUGCACAAUGAUGGUGUACGAACAGCUGCUGACGUGGUAUUUGGUGUGAUAAUGCCAUGUGUGAAAAUACCGCCUUGAACCUCCUCUCCAUCAUGCCGCUAGGCAACCCCCUCGUAGCUACCAUUGCCAGGUACAUACAACGUUGCAUUAUUUCCAACAUCAUUCGUUGCACGUAUCAUUCGUAGAGCGAGGUGCAGAGGGGGACUUUCACUCAGCUGGAUCCUCAAGGGCCAUCGGAUCAUAUGUCAUACAACCAGCCUUGUUCAUCGCAAAACAGCGUUUCGCUCAAUCUACCAUCCAACUCGCAUAGCAACAUUUCCUCGACGUAUUUCAUAACCCAAUAAUCGUCCGUUUCUUCCUCCGUCCGGUCAGAUUCUCCACAAUGGGCGAAGGAAGCCUUCUGGACGGCAGGUCUUUUGAGGAAAGAACAUCUGACGGAGGUAAAUCCGGCGUCUCAAUCUGUCGGUCUUGCAUAAUGC